AAUAGAAGAUCCCGUUGAUGAGACUUGAGAGAGUGUCUGUACAGUGCCCAAUUUGAUCCUCAGCUCGACUGUUCAGUGGAGACGAGACCCGUAACUCUCUCUCUCUCUCUCUCUCUCUCUCUCUCAAACAACUGUAAUGGGCUUCUCUUCGUUCCUCGGGAGGGUCUUCUUCGCCUCCCUCUUCAUCCUAUCCGCUUGGCAAAUGUUCGAUGAGUUCGGUACUGAUGGUGGGCCUGCAGCCAAGGAACUCUCACCUAAGUUAGCUGUUGUCCAAAGAUUUCUGACUUCUAAGUUGGGGGAAGGGGUACCAAAAAUCGAUGUAACCUACUUCGUUGCAACCUCUAUGGUUCUAAAAGGGCUUGGAGGCGCUCUAUUUGUAUUUGGCAGUUCUCUUGGUGCUUAUCUGCUGCUAUACCACUUGGCAUAUACCACCCCACUUUUGUAUGACUUCUUCAACUACAAGUACGGUGAGCCAGAAUUUUUCGUACUUCUACAGGAGUUUUUGCAGUGCAUAGCAUAUUUUGGUGCAUUGCUAUAUUUCCUUGGGAUGAAGAACUCAAUUACUAAGAAGCAGCUGAAAAAGAAGACCCAGAAGACCAAGACAAGUUAGAUAUAUAUUGAAGAAGCUGUAAUGAAAUUCAGGCUGUUAGAAAAUGGACCUUUAAGUCUCACGGCUUAAAAUUGAUCGGGCGCUAAGCUGCUUUGCAUUCUUGACCUUUUCUGUCUAGUUAGUUAGUCCAUUAUUUUGUGCUGUAAUUGUAUUGAUUUCCAUUUGACAAGGUGUUGAUUCUUAAGCCCUUACUUGGGGUGAGAUAAUCAGGAAGAACAUAGACCGUCAAAGUUGUGUACCUUCUUUUGUGCUCAAUUAAGGAUGUCUUAUAUGUGCUAGAA